AUGUUUUUCAUCUCGAGAACUUCCAUCCGAACUAUGAGGAAAGCGCGUCUUUCUUGGAGAGUACGGACCAUCAUAAUCAUGCAGCUGAGAUGUGGUUAUUGGCUGGAGAGGCGUCGAAAGCUUGGGAAAUUUAUAGGCGGCUCUGCUUCUGGAGAGCUGAAAGACACGACAUUCAACACUGAGCGUGUUAUCGAACGGGUUCCAUCCAUUACGGACAAGAAAUUACUGCAAGAUGUGUUGUCAUGGAUGAUUCCUUUGUCUCCUGAACGCUGCAUCAAGAUUAUCGUCACAAAUAAACUCUUGGAUCAUGCAACGGUGAGAGGUUUACUUGGUGGUGAUGCUAAACUUCUGCGCCUUUACCUUGAAAGCAUUCCAUUCUGCGAAGACAUAGCAAAGGAAUUAUGUCUCAGCUGUCGACAACGGUUUCGGCAACUGCUCUUGAAAAUGAACGUUUCUGAUCGAAGUGCCUUGUUCAACAGGAUACCUCCAGAAUGUGGUGUAGGAACGGCUAUUCAAUCUCCUGGAGACAUUCUCGAUAAAGUGGUGAAAACGUACCAUGAUUAUGAUGCUGCUGAAUUGAUUUGCUCUCAUUAUUCACCUACACAGCCGGAUAUUUGCUUGAAUCUUUUGAAAUUUCUGGAAGAUAGGGGAUCAGAGUUCACAGCUGUCGACGGCGCCGAGUCACGUAUCUGUUCGCUACUUAAGUGUAUGGGUGAUGCGGUUGACCCAUUGAAAGUCAUUAGCGUACUGCCAGAGUCGACGGCAAUUGAUCAGGUAUCAUAUUUCCUUAUGCGAGCAGUGGCUAGGAAACAGCAGGAACAUCACUUGCUUAGCUCCAAAGGAAGUUUACUCGAAAAAUGUGUGGAAAUGGAAAAAUUCAGUCUACCAAAUAAGAAAAUUGUGAUCGAGGACAAAGCUGCUUGCGCCGUCUGCAAUAUCCCGAUUUCAUGCAAUGAUGUUCUUUGUUAUUUAAAAACCGGAUAUGUUGUACAUAGUAAAUGUAUGAAGUAUGAAAAUCUCUGCCCAUUGACCAAUUUCCUCUUAGUGCCUCCCGAAUGA